AUGGGCGAUCGAGGUGAUGAUGGCCACGAGUCUGGUCCGCAGCAACGCACCACGCCAUCUCCACAGCCUAGUGCGCAGCAACAAUCGAUCGCCAGCUUUCUCAAUACCGGCUCGGGCGGCGGCGGCGGCGCCUCGGGCGGCGCUUCGGGCAGCGGCGGCGGCGGAGAUGGCCGCGGCCCGGAACCGCAAGCCUCCGCACCACAGGAGACUGAUGUACAAAAAUUGCAGUUUCCCGCACAAGUACCGGCCGAUGUGAAGGCUGCUGUCCUCGUCUACCGGCCGCCGGAUGGAUAUGCCAUCAGCGCCAUCCACAACGUCAAGGGCAACCCGAGCUUUAUUUCCUUUUGGGGAGUGCGGAUCCACACCACCCACACCACAUCGGCGGGAACGAAGAAAAGGAAGAACUUCUACAAGUGUAUGGCCAACCAUACGUGCCGCUCUAGCGUCAAACUACUGGCUUUGACGGGGUCGACCACGGGAGCCACGGAGCACUUGAAGAAGGUGCAUGAGAUCGAGAGUCCUUCCAGCGCCGACGAUAAGAAGAAGAAGCAGGAGACGUUGGACAAGAUCGACCAGGUCAAGCAGAGCAAAAUCUACAACUCCGACAAGGCUCGCCACAACAUGCUCGGCUUCACGAAAGCAUUCGUCGUCUACAGCGCCUGCUCUUUCAGGCUGGUAGAGCAAGAGCCAAUCCGCCAUUGCCUCGGAGUGAUGGUCCCGAAGGAUGAGCUCGAACCGAACCGUCUCAACAACAAAUCGGUACUAGACACCGCUCGUCGAUGCCUAUUGAAGAAAGAGAUAGCAUUCGGAGACACUUGUCGAUAUCCUAUGGUGUGGAUCAACGUAGCAGCUCACACGGUGAUCAACAGCUAUCACCGGAGAAAACAGGGUGCGGCGAAACAUCUCGGUCGGUUGUUGUGCGUUCAAUAGGGUCUUAUGGCUGGUCAUCAACACCCAUCGUAGGAAACCAAUCGCUUGGCAAAGAAACGGUCGACGCUGAUCGCACCCCUCGAUGCUCAUUCUAAUUGACAUGUCGAUCCCCAUCAGUCGACAACGAUCCCCAUCAGUCGAGAACAAUAAGAUCCCAUCACCCAUCACCUGGAAUCCUGUCAUCGUUCAAGUGUUUAGGCUCAUCGCAUUAAUACACGUGAUCACAGAUGCGCCCCCGGCAUUGUAGGCGGGUGUGGGCUUUUUGCUUCUCGGCUGGUCGGCGCUACCCUAUCUUCCCUUACUCCAUGUGAUAUCUGUUUUUUUUUCUACUUUAUAUUUUCCCGUGUACUCUAGUUUUUGAUGUACUGCUGUAGCGCC